AUGUCGGAUCUGUCGCGGAACUGCACUCCCUCGACUGGCUAUUACACUUUGGUAGUGGGCGAUAGGACCUUCAAGUUGUCUACCAGAGCCCUGUAUUCAGAUGCCCCUAACCAUUUUACCCACGUGUUUUCCUCAUCCUUGGAAGAGGCUAUGACAAAGACAAUGUAUAUCGAAAGGGAUCCUGUCAUCUUUUCGGACAUUGUGAGACAUUUACAGGGAUACUAUAUCACACCUCGGGAUGAGGUUCAUUUCACGGACCUAUACAUCGAUGCUCAGUAUUACUGUUUGCCGAAACUGAAAGCUCAGUUGAGGGCAUAUUGUGUUGUGAAUGUUGGCGGGAAGGUAUUUCGCGUCGAACGUGAAAUUCUAGAAAAGCGAGAUGCCCCGAAUUUCUUCACAUCGUUUGGUUUUGUUCACAGUUGGGAGCCGCCAGCAACUGCUCCACUUAUCGCGAUUCCUCCGGCUAUACCACCGCCAAUUCUCGAUCGUGAUCCAGAGCUUUUUGCCGACAUCUUGCGAUACCUUCAAGGAUACGACAUUGAGAUUAAAGAUGAGGUGCAUAGACAAAAUUUACUCAAGGACUCGCGUUUUUAUCUUUUAAAAGGAUUGACCGAAAAACUAUUGGCCUCAACGUUAACUGUGAACGGAUUCGCCAAGGAUGAUAGCGCCAAGAACGAGAUAUUAUUCCGAUUAAAAGAUAUCCGGUUAGCAAACAUUUUGUUACCAGAGAAUAAUAAUCAUGAUGAGAUGCCGACGGACGAGAGUGAUGUCAUUUCCACCGGGAUGACGAGUCACAUAAUGUACAAGAAUAGGGAGGGUGCCGUGUAUGUCUUAUUGAUCGAGGUGCAUAACUUUCACCUCGUCUGUCAUUACAAUACUCCGCAAUCUCCGUUUUCGUUUACCGCUUCAACUACUCCGACCGGAUCUUCCACGCCUGUGAUCUCGGCGGGUCGGGUAUCACCUAUUCGUCCUAACAUAGAACUGGUGUUGUCCGAUCAGGAUAUCAAGAAGCUUAGAGACAUUGCCAAGUCAAUCAAGGCAUCCGAUGAAAUUGUGACGAGCAUACAGACACCUGACACUUGUGCAUUUGAGAUCGAUGGGGUGAAGGUUGGGUUAGACGCAUUGACUAAUGUUGAUAAGUUAUCUCAUUUAAUCAAGCUAGACAACUCGGGAGGCCUGAAUAUGACCCUCUUUGUGACCAGGGCCAUAUUGAAAUUACUCGUGAAUAAUGGAAAAGUAGAAAUGGAACUAUUGAAGUGCGAGUCAUUUAGCUCGGAACGGGGCUUCAAUGGAAAGAGGGAGUUUCUACCUUCCAAUAAAAAAAUUUGCCUAUAA